CUUCCCCGGGCUGGGCGUCAGCCGCCACCGGCAGCAGCAGCACCACCGGACGGUCUUUUACUACCAUUCCUACAGUGGUUGGCAAGAUCCCAUUUCCACCUUACUCCAUGUGCCAUGCUAGUGACAUCUUAGCUGCUAGAGUGUGGAGCUGGCCUGUGGGAGUCAAGUAUUGGUGAUGAGACCUGUUCAUGCAGGGGAAACUUGAACAUUCUCAGGUGCAGCAGAGGCUCUCUUCUUGGCAGAAUUUGGGUGUGGUGUAUUGCAGUACUGUUGUGCCCUCUGAUGAUGUGACGGUGGUGUAUCAAAAUGGGUUACCUGUGAUAUCUGUGAGGCUACCAUCCCGGCGUGAACGCUGCCAGUUCACACUCAAACCUAUCUCAGACUCUGUUGGUGUGUUUCUACGGCAACUUCAAGAAGAGGAUCGGGGAAUUGACAGAGUUGCUGUCUAUUCACCAGAUGGUGUUCGAAUCGCUGCCUCAACAGGGAUAGACCUCCUCCUCCUUGAUGACUUUAAGCUGGUCAUUAAUGACUUAACAUAUCAUGUCCGACCACCAAAGAGAGACCUCCUAAGCCACGAAAAUGCAGCAACGCUGAACGAUGUAAAGACCCUAGUCCAGCAGCUAUACACAACACUGUGCAUUGAGCAGCAUCAGCUACACAAGGAGAGGGAGCUCAUCGAAAGAUUAGAGGAUCUCAGAGAGCAGCUGGCACCCCUGGAAAAGGUACGAAUUGAGAUUAGCAGAAAAGCUGAGAAGAGGACCACUUUGGUGCUAUGGGGUGGACUUGCCUACAUGGCCACACAGUUUGGCAUUUUGGCCCGGCUCACCUGGUGGGAAUAUUCCUGGGACAUUAUGGAGCCAGUCACCUAUUUCAUCACUUACGGAAGUGCCAUGGCAAUGUAUGCAUACUUUGUAGUGACGCGGCAGGAAUAUGUUUAUCCAGAAGCCAGGGACAGACAAUACUUAUUAUUUUUCCAUAAAGGAGCCAAAAAGUCACGUUUUGACCUAGAGAAAUACAACCAACUCAAGGAUGCAAUUGCUCAGGCAGAAAUGGACCUUAAGAGACUGAGAGACCCAUUACAAGUACAUCUGCCCCUCCGACAAAUUGGUGAAAAAGAUUGAUCUGCAAAGAGCCUCUGAACCCCGGCAGAAAGAACACUUGUUUAUAACUAUUGCCUUUUUAAUUAAAACAUUGCAGGUGGGAGCUGGGAGCCAUGUUGGGGUGGAGGGUUUUUACCUUUAACUAAAAAAAACAAAAACAAGGAUCUUAGGGAAGAAAGUAAUGUAAAAAUCUGAGGAUCAGGCUUUGUGAAAUACAAGCUCCAAGGGCUUAGUGAAUAUUGUCUUAAUCAAGUAUCUCAGUUCCUGGAUGAAAUGAUAUCUAGUUGAGGGAUUCAUAAACAGUAAAUGAUGCUGGGGUGUUAGUUUCUUUGCAGGUCAGCAAAACAAUAACACACCAGCACCCCACUCUGCUCUAUUUUUUUAAUUUAACUUUUCUUAUUUUUGACAUAGGAGUCAAUAAAUAUACAGAAAAGCAAAUCCUCGAGCUGUGUGGGUGGCAAACAGAGUCUGAGUCCCAUGUCAUUGGCUUUUAUUUUAAAUUGGACGUAGCCUCGACAAAGUGAACCCGGAGUCUCCUGCUCCUGCCCCUUUUCGGACCACCCACACCUGUUGGUUAUAUUUUAUCCAUGUGAUUAUUGGAACCAACUUAUGACUGAUGAUGGACACUUUGGAUUAUCUUUAUUACCUUCUUAAAUGUCUGUAUGUUCCAGUGCUCUGGAUCAGUAUCUAGAAAUCAUUGGCAAUACUGCAUGAGGUUUUGUUUUGUUUUGUUUUGUUUUCUACUAAUUAAUCUUUGGGAGGAGGCAGAAUUUCCCUCCUUUAACUCUCCCAUUGAUAGUCAGUCCCCUCUCCCUCCACAGCUCAAAUUGGAGGGGCGGGUUCAGCUGUAUUAAAUCAGGAAGAUGUAAGGUUUACAAAUUGGCUAAAAAUCAUGGCUUUGUGGCCAUUUCAGAACCAGAAAAUUUCAUUACUGUUCAUCUGCUUAUGUGACAGCAUAUCCGGAGGCUUCGUUAAUCUGGAAGGACACACACACACUUCCACACUGUUUGUGAGCCCCCUCUCCACAACUUCGGGAGUUGUAAAUUAAGUGUGUGGAUCUCAAAGGGUGCAAUUUAUCUUUAUACAGGAAAACAUUUCUAUGGCUUCUUUCAGCCUACCUUCUUCACCCAAUUUUUUCUUAAAUUGAGAGAAAGAAGCUUUAAUCUUAUACUCUAUCAAAAUAUUUUCUACCAUAUUUCCAGAUGACACGUGCACUUGAAAAUCAAAGGAACCUGUCUAAUCUCCUGUUUUCCAUUUCUGUGGCGGCAGGAGGGAGAGGAUGCUGGGGCUUCCACACAGCUAAUUAGCUUUUUUCUUUCACACCAUUCAUCCCUCCUCAUCGUGGCAAGGAAUCUAUUUCCCUUUUUCUUUCUCCUUUGGAAUCAUUGUGUAUAAAAAGAAACAUUUUUAAUGACAAACCCAGACUCCAGGUGCCUUGCAGAGGUUGAGGCCAGCCAGGAUCGCUGCUGCUGCUGCUCCUGCCACCACCCGUUCCACUGGCAUGAUGGAGUGAAGGAUGCAUGUCUGCACUUCCCAGCCCCUCCUCCACUUCCUUCCCCUGCCCCCCCAGUCGCAACCUCUUCCUUCAUUUAUUUUUUGUUAAGUUGUAUGAAUUAUUUUUAAACCAUUUAUCCUGUUUGUGCACAGGGUUUUUAAGAAGAAUAGCACAGUGCAAUGCGCAGGUCCUUUCAGGGUGUGUGGGAGGCAAGGGAGGGAGAGAGGAUGUGGAGAAAAGUCCUUUAAACAAAUAGCAAAAUAUUGAACAUGUGUAAAAUCCUGUAUCAUUUAUGAAAUAUGUAUAAAAAGCAAUGUAACUUCUGGAACAAUAAAUAGUUAUUCAAUUUUUGAA